CGCCCCGCCCCAUACCGUCACAAGUGGGCGCAGAAGAAAGUCUCAGAACUCUGAGAAGUUUGGGAUUUGAUUGUUCAGGACGUCAGUAAGAGAAACACGGAGCUCGAACUCACUCCAUCCUGUCCUCCUUCUCCUUCCUCUGGCUGUCUGCUAUUUUUCAGUCCGGAUUCAGGAAGAGAGCUGAAGCGCCGCACUUUCACCAACAUAGUUCCAGUCGGAGCAGCCAUGCUCAUGUGUGACUAUCCAGUGAAGGCAGACAGGAGACGAGCUACCCAUCCUUGGUGAAGUCUCAGACAGCUGAAACCUACAGCGCCAUGUUCUCCAUCGGUCCUCAUCCGUCUCACUACUGCUACGCUCCUCACUACCCUCCGUACCACGGCUCCAUCCACACUCACACACACUCACACACUUCGUCUCACGGCCCAGACGCCCCCACACAUGCGCAGAUGGAGCCUGUGGACCUGUCACUCAGCAAGAAGUCCUCUCCUCCUCCGCCGUCCUCUUCUUCCUCUCCAUCAGCAUCAUCAUCGUCAUCGUCGUCAUCGUCCACCUCGUCCAGAGCCACGCCCCCGUCACCUUACGAGCGCAUCAGCCGCUCUAACUCCGCCUCCAUGACCGGAUCGCCUUCCGGAUCGCCGAGGCUCAUGACUCCGCCCAUGACGCUGUCUUUCCCUACUCUGGUGACUCCGUUGGUUUCAGCUUCCGGUUCAGGUCUUAUCCCCCUUGUGCCCGGCGUGAUCCUGCCCUCCAUGCCCCUGCUCUACCCGCCCCACGUCCUCUCUUCACCCAUCAUGCUCUUCCCCACUGCCUCUGACGAUCAGAAGGGUGGAGCUCCUUCUUUCAAACCUGACGCUGCACAGGACCACCAGCCAAUCAAACCCGAGCCUCACGGCGACAUCGCUCCCGGCACGUACAGACAGGAAGUCCCGUCUCCCCCUCUGUCAGGCUUUAACGAUGUAAACACACAAUCUGUGAUAGGCUACGCUCCUAAAGUGGAAUCACCAGACCCUCUGAAGAAGCGACGCAUCCAUCGCUGUGACUACGGAGGCUGCAACAAAGUGUACACAAAAAGCUCACACCUUAAAGCCCACAGACGCACACACACAGGAGAGAAGCCAUAUAAGUGCUCCUGGGAAGGCUGCACAUGGAAGUUUGCACGUUCAGAUGAGCUGACACGCCAUUACCGCAAACACACCGGCUCCAAACCGUUCAAGUGCUCGGACUGCGACCGCAGCUUCUCACGCUCUGAUCACCUCGCCCUGCACCGCAAACGCCACCUGCUGGUGUGACGUGCAACCGCCCUCACCAUCACCGCCCCUCCCAUAUAAGCCGCACUAAUACCACCCCGGACCCAGGGUGUUCCGUACACACUCACAAGGAAGCACGUCGAGCCGAGGGUUGUAGUGAAGACGUCCUGUCAUCUCCGGACCAAAAAUAUCAUAUGUGAAGCUGAAUCGUAUCGUAUCGUAUCAUAUUGUAUCAUAUCGUAUCGUAUCGUCAAACCGCCCGGAUUUUCAGUGUCACACUUUACCAGAUUCACUUUCUUUCACACACCAGCACAUACCCUUCUGUCAGGAGCCCUCUGCUGGUCAAAGGGUUCAUAUACGCUUUCAUGCACAUAUACACACAAACACCCACACACCCACCCUGGGUCAAUCCUGAAUAAUGUGAAUUCUCUAUAUUUUAGUUGGAAAAUCUUGUAAGUGUGUAAUUUCAGUUUGUAUUCGAUGCUUUUCUUGUUUCGUUUUGUUCGGGUCAGCGUAACCUCAUCAUUAUCAUUCCCGUUUAUAUACUCUUGUGUAUGCAGUACCGUAUUUUCUGGAUUAAUGGACAUUAAUUUCCAUUCAGUGUGGUGGUGCAGGGGCUUGAAUCCCUGACCUUCAUCAUCACAUCAGAAGCCCAGAGUCUUAACCAUUGAGCCACCA